GUUUCCCUGAUUUCAAAAAUGAGCGCCAAAUAGACUUCACGUGAUGUCAAAGGUGGCAAGAGCCAAGUUGUGGUGUACAGAAUGGAAAUAUACCUGAUAGUGGGCAUGGCGAUACUGAUCUAUUCCAUGGUAGCUCUUCUCAUGAGCAGCCGUUGCUGGAAUUCGGACUUUGACAAGUGUACAUGUGAGGAGUGUAAACGUCUCUCUCAGUCUCAGAGCCAACACACUCUCAUUUCCGUGUCCUGUCGUGUUGACGAUAUCGAGCGUUAGUAGGAACUUCCAUUGUCAAUAACAUAACAAAGUGCCAAAACUUUUAUUCCCCAAGUCGAAGUUGAACUUUUAAAUAUUCAGUAAGUCAUUUUAAGGUUGUAUUAUUCUAGGUAUUAAAAAGUUAAUUUUAAAUGAAUAACGAUAAACAGCAAGGGUGCCAGUGCCAAAAUUUAGACUAAGUGCUAGCUUUUCUAAUACGUCAUAGUGUAGUAAUUAUUGUGCCAAAAACAAUUGUUCAAAACUUGUGACGAACUGUGUUCAAAUACUGUAUUGAUAAGGUAAAGGUGACGAUUCAUUUAUUAGUGUAUUUGUGGAGAAGUUAGUGGGGAAAUUUUGUUUGUCCUAUCAUGGAAAAUGAGAUGAGUGGAAAAUAGCUAUAGUGCCAAAGAAUUCGCUUCAAAGGGGAAUAAAGAUUUCUCUAGUUAUCUCUUUAGUCGACGUUAUCCCAACUAAUGCCCAAUCGUGGGACAGUUAAAGAUUGUUUUAGUGUACAGUGAAGUGAGUGAAGGUAGUGAUGUGUGGGGAAUAGCAGCGGGCGAUGGACCCGCUCGCCCGGCUGAUGGAGGGGGCUCCCCUACCAGGUGUUCUCGGUGCGACGAGAGACGCUCGCCCUCGUGGAGCCCUGGUACAUGCGAGCCUGGCUGCUGCUCCCCACUUGGGGGAUAAGAAGGGAAGGCACCUGACCGGUACCUUCUGCCUUACUGGAGACACCAUGGAAGGGAUUAUUCAAUGUCUCGUCUUCCUCAAGGCUUUUUCGCUGGUGGGCGGCGAGUUCGACAUGGAGCUGAACUUCGUGAUCCAGGACGCGCAGAACAUACAGCACAUGCUGGAGCUGCUGGACCACUGCCCGCCCAGCUUGCAGGCGGAGAUAUGGUCGGUUUUCAUCGCGAUCCUGCGCAAGAGCGUGCGCAACCUGCAGGCCUGCACCGACGUGGGGCUCAUACAACACGUGCUGCAGCGGUUGCCGCGAGCGGAGACCGUCGUCGCCGACCUGCUGAUAGAAAUGUUGGGGGUGCUGGCGAGCUACAGCGUCACCGUGAAAGAGCUCAAGCAGUUGUUCAACGCCAUGAAAGCUGUGAACGGCAAAUGGCCACGGCAUUCGGCGAAGCUUCUGAACGUGCUUCGACAGAUGCCGCACAGGAACGGCCCCGAUGUUUUCUUCAGUUUUCCCGGCAGGAAAGGAUCGGCGAUAGUACUGCCGCCGCUCGCCCGGUGGCCGUAUGAAAGCGGGUUCACAUUCACCACGUGGUUUCGCCUCGACCCCAUCAACUCGGUCAACAUCGAGAGGGAAAAGCCGUAUCUAUACUGCUUCAAGACGAGCAAAGGCGUGGGAUACACAGCACACUUCGUAGGCAACUGUCUGGUGCUCACAUCCAUGAAGGUCCGAGGAAAGGGGUUCCAACACUGCGUCAAAUACGAGUUUCAGCCCAGGAGAUGGUACGCGAUAGCAGUGGUGUACAUAUACAACAGGUGGACGAAGAGUGAGAUCAAGUGCUUGGUGAACGGCCAGCUCGCGUCUAGCACGGAGAUGGCGUGGUUCGUCUCCACAAAUGACCCCUUCGACAAAUGCUACAUCGGCGCCACUGCGGAACUGGACGAGGAGCGUGUGUUCUGUGGACAGAUGGCCGCUAUCUACCUCUUCGGAGAGGCCCUCACCACGCAUCAGAUCUGCGCCAUGCACCGAUUGGGACCUGGUUAUAAGAGUCAAUUUCGUUUCGACAACGAAUGCAACAUCAGUUUGCCGGAGAACCACAAAAGGGUGAGCGAGACGAACGCUCCCAAGCUUGACGCUGAAAUGCCUCCCCUUCUCGACAAUCCUGAAAUGCCCCAAAACCCAGAACCAUUCCAAAUUCCUGAACCGAAAACACCCGAGCCCGCUUCGCAAGAUGAAGAUACCCAGGCGACAGAAACGGAAGGAGCUUCAGUAGUCGUUAAAGAAGAUGCUACGCCGCGCGGGCGCCGAAUGGCUGACGAAGCGCGCGAAGUUGCCGCAGCGCAUGCUUCCCUGCUCGUAGAUAUUGAAGCAUGCAAGCGUGGUCAGUUUCGAUUCGAUGCCGAGGCUCGCGUCCCGCUGCCGAUGACCGAGGUGCGUGUCGACAAAUACGGCGACCUCGUCCACGAUCCAACUCAAAAUGUUCACGACGUGCUCUACGAUGGCAAGUUAUCGUCGGCGAUAGUGUUUAUGUACAACCCUGUUGCGACGGACGGCCAGCUGUGUUUACAGUCGGCUCCCAAAGGCAACGUUUCCUACUUCGUGCACACGCCGCAUGCAUUAAUGCUACAGGAGGUAAAAGCAGUGGUAACGCAUUCAAUACACAGCGCGCUCAACUCAAUAGGCGGCGUUCAACUGCUUUUUCCCUUGUUCGCGCAACUAGACCUGCCGCACGACGCGCCCGCCACCGAUCCCAAGAGAGACCCCAUGCUUUGCUCAAAACUCCUGGGCUUCGUGUGCUCCCUAGUAGAAUCGUGCAGCACAGUACAACAGCACAUGCUGCAAUGCCGCGGCUUCCUAGUAAUAUCUCACAUGCUACAGCGCUGCGGCAGGGACCACCUUACGCCGGACACGCUAGCUUCAUUCCUACAUCUGACUAAACAUCUUGUGACUUGCUGCUCUCCUAAUUCUGAUCUGCUUUUGAAACAGCUUCUGGACCACAUCCUCUUCAACCCAGCGCUAUGGAUCCACACGCCUGCGGCUGUGCAAGCGAGGUUGUACUGUUACUUGGCGACGGACUUUCUGGCUGAUGCUCAUAUAUACGGCAGCGUUAGACGAGUCAGUACGGUUCUACAGACAGUGCAUACGUUGAAAUACUACUAUUGGGUGGUAAACCCGAGGACGAAAAGUGGGAUUUCACCUAAAGGAAUGGAGGGACCCCGGCCCGCGCAUAAAGACAUUUUGACCAUCAGAGCGUACAUAUUGCUGUUCCUGAAACAACUCAUCAUGAUCGGGAACGGCGUGAAGGAGGACGAGUUACAGUCAAUACUCAACUAUCUGACGACUAUGCAUGAGGAUGAAAACCUUCACGACGUGUUGCAAAUGUUGAUCUCGCUGAUGUCGGAGCACCCGAGUUCGAUGGUACCGGCAUUUGAUGCGAAAGGUGGUGUCAGGACAAUAUUCAAACUCCUGGCUUCAGAAAGUCAAUUAAUAAGACUGCAAGCAUUAAAACUUCUCGGGUUUUUCUUGAGCAGAAGCACGCACAAAAGAAAGUACGACGUAAUGUCGCCACAUAACCUCUAUACGCUACUCGCAACUCGACUGAGCGCGUGCGGGGAGGCGCUGGCUCUGCCGGUGUACAACGCGCUCUACGAGCUGCUCACCGAGCAUGUCGGCCAACAAAUCCUCUACACCAGCCAUCCCGAACCACAGCCACACUUCCGAUUGGAGAACCCAAUGAUUCUCAAGGUCGUCGCUACACUGAUCCGUCAAUCAAAACAAACCGAACAGUUGCUGGAAGUGAAGAAGCUUUUUCUAUCCGACAUGACGUUGCUAUGCAGUAACAACCGCGAAAACCGACGGACGGUCCUACAGAUGUCUGUAUGGCAAGAAUGGUUGAUUGCCAUGGCAUAUAUACAUCCCAAGAAUGCAGAGGAGCAGAAGAUAUCUGAUAUGGUGUAUUCGCUAUUUAGGAUGUUGUUACAUCAUGCGAUAAAGCAUGAGUAUGGAGGGUGGCGAGUUUGGGUCGAUACGUUGGCGAUUGUGCAUUCGAAGGUCUCGUAUGAAGAAUUCAAACUGCAGUUCGCUCAAAUGUACGAACAUUAUGAGCAGAGACGUGCUGACAACAUCACAGAUCCAGCUGAAAGACAACAGAGACCUAUCUCCACGAUAUCUGGGUGGGAUAGACAUACAGACGGACAAGUCAAAUCUAGGGUACUACCAGACACCGACGACAGUGUAGAUAGCACCCCAGUAUCUAUUAGAAAGUCCAACGUACUCAACCAUGGAGCCCAAACUGAAAUAGGUAAAGGACUCUCCCUCAGAGAAGUGGAAUCGUGCCGGUGUAAAAAACCCAGUGAAAGUACAGAAGACAGUCGGACUACAGUAGUGUAUAGUGAAGUGUGUAAAGUGCAUAGCCCCGCCAAAACUGUUACAGUUAAUACCGAAGUGCCCUGCGACGAAGGUUGUGAUACUAGUAAUACCGAAGUCGAACAUGCCAUCGACGAAGAAACUAUCGAAGAUACCAUGCUCAAUGCGAAUAACGAAUUAGUACAAUCAAUUAUCGAAACUCAACUCCUGGAAAGUUCCGAAUCGGGAACGGGAACGAUAGAACACGAUUCAGAAAAAAUUGACAAACCUAUGUCUCGACAAGGAAGCUUAGACUACAUUCCUGUCAGAGACGUAGGCGAUAAUGUUUCAAAAGACGAUAACACUGACAGAAGUGAGGGUCUACCCUCUAGUUUAUCAGUGAGUGAAACUGCAAGCCCAGAAAGAAUCGCCGAUGGAUUAAACAUAAUAACCGAAAGAGAGUCUGAACUAUCAGAUCCGUCCGAGCUAUAUUUAACUCCAAGUGAAGCGACUAGUCCUAAAAAAAUACAAGAUAAGACUGACUCUAGUAUUCCAGACGAUUCCACGGAUGAUCCGAAACAUAUAGCGAUAAACAUCGUCAAUGACGUCCUAACAGUUGCUUUAGAAACUGUGCGGUUAAAAACAGAUGACGAUACAGAUUCAGGUGCCAUUUCAGGAGGUAUUCCUUCAGAAGGAAACACACCUAACGGCCGAGAAGAUUUGGAACAAGAUAUUGAAGAUAUUUUAGAUGAAAAACAAGCUGCAGAAAUUAUUGCCAAUGAAAUAGUCAUGGAAAUUUUAUCCACAGUAGUUUCUAGAACUGAAGAAAUUACUGAAGUAGAAGACAGUCCGAAUAGUCCUCAAAGAGUUAUUCCGUCAGAUCAUCCUCAUGAAGGAAACGUUUUGCCUCUUGACGGUGAAUUCAUAGUUCCUGUAAAAGAAGAAUCGAUCAAAGACCUAGAAAUUAUAGAUGAAGAAAAUGCCAAAAACGAAAGCCAAAGAAUAGAAACUAAUGUACAGGAAGAGCAUAAAACGCCAGAAAUUCCUCCAAUAUCGACGAUUAGUGAAAACAUAUCGUUAGGGAACAAACCGCAAGAACACGAGGAAGAAAGGGUUUGUGAGAGUGAAAGGGACAAACGACGCGUUAGUUUACCGGGUGAUAGUGAAAUGAAACAGGAUAGCAAUAGGGGUGAGGGUAUGUCCUCACAGGGAACGAAUACGUCGACGUCGCCGAAGCGACCACGCAGUGCUUCUACAAGUACGCAAGUGGAUUCUAAUCACUUCGAAACGAAACGUCCGUCAAAGUGCAGCAGGCCGAUGUUCUCGCCGGGACCGACGCGGCCUCCGUUCCGCAUCCCGGAGUUCAGGUGGUCUUACAUACACCAGCGGCUACUGUCCGAUGUCCUAUUCUCGCUUGAGACUGAUAUACAGGUGUGGCGAAGUCACUCGACAAAAUCCGUGAUAGAUUUCGUGAACAGCAGUGAAAAUGCGAUAUUCGUUGUCAACACGGUUCAUCUAAUCAGCCAGCUUGCUGAUAAUUUGAUUAUCGCUUGCGGUGGAUUGUUGCCCUUACUUGCUUCUGCCACAUCGCCUAAUAACGAAUUAGACGUGAUCGAGCCAACACAAGGCAUGCCAGUGGAAGUGGCAGUGACUUUCCUACAGAGGCUAGUAUCCAUGGCCGAUGUACUAAUCUUCGCGAGUGCACUGAACUUCGCCGAACUAGAGGCUGAGAAGAAUAUGUCCAGUGGAGGGAUUCUGAGGCAGUGCUUGCGAUUGGUGUGCACGUGCGCUGUGCGCAACUGUCUCGAGUGCAAAGAGAGACAGCGUUGCGCCGCCGCAAGAAGCAACCGGAACGAUUCACCCUCGCCCAAGAGUGUGGUGGCGAGUCUAGCGGACGCUUCCAGUCCAGUGAAAGAUCCAGAGAGGCUACUACAAGACAUGGACGUAAAUAGGCUACGUGCUGUUAUUUAUAGAGACGUUGAAGAAACAAAACAGGCCCAGUUCCUAUCGCUAGCGAUAGUGUACUUCAUAUCCGUGCUGAUGGUGUCCAAGUACCGGGACAUUCUGGAGCCGCCCGCGCACACGCAACCCGAGUGCGCGCGAAGAGUGCAUCAUUCGCACGAACACCACGGGUCGCGGCCGCUGUUCCCGCAGUGGUCGCACCACGUGUACCCGCAGUUCCUGCCUGGUGGGCACCCCGCUCACCGCCACUCGCACUGCAAGCUCGAUUGCGGCCAACACGUUAAUAAUAACUCGCACGCGCACGCACGCAUCGCUAAUUUCCACCGCGCGCACGCAGAACACAACGGCGAUGACGUCGAAUACGCCAUGAUUGUAGUGGACGAAAAUAACUCUACCAUAAACGAACUUGACUCCCCUUCCAUGAAGGAUGAGACGGAAGAGGGCGUGGCUAAGAUCGAAACGACGACUGACGAAGUGAAACCGAAUUCUGGGGAGAAGGCCAAGAUGGUGGAACUGGCCCUUACGCCGUGCUCUGAGAAAGAAGAGCCACUGUUCAAAUCGAGUCUUCGAGUGAAGACUCAGCCUAAGCAGAAGCUUCCCAGCGCAAGAUCCAAAACAUUGUCGGGGAUUACGGUUUCGGUUGUAAACCUGAGCGUGGACUCGAUAGAAGACGCGGGCUCGUUCCAUCUCAACUCCACUGAAACCACCAACAACGACCCCGAGACAUCCAGCGAGAUUGCGCUAGAUGACAACAAACAUCCCGUAAGCAAUGACGAAUCAUGGACGGACGUCAACUUGAAUGAAGACGGAGAAAGAGGUCCUGCCACAAUCACUGGUAGGACGAGGGAUCACGAAGGAAAUGUUCAUGAAGAUAUAGACAAACAAAUUCAUAUGAGAAAUUCGGAGCAUCAUCACUUAGCUCAGCGUCACCAGAACAGAAGUUUGCAAACUGCGCAAAGACAUUUACAUCCAGAUAACGAAACCCUCGCCGGCCUUACAAUGAACGCAUCGAUGUCCGCGGAUGGUGUUUCUCGAGAAGCAUCCCUUACGCACAAAUUGGAGACAGCGUUGGGACCAGUGUGUCCACUGUUGAGGGAAAUCAUGCUGGACUUCGCGCCGUUUCUCUCCAAAACUCUGGUUGGAAGUCAUGGACAAGAAUUGCUAAUGGAGGGUCUCCAAACCUUCAAAUCCAGUACCUCAGUAGUGGAACUGGUGAUGCUGCUGUGCUCCCAGGAGUGGCAGAACUCUCUGCAGAAGCACGCUGGUCUGGCGUUCAUAGAGUUGAUCAACGAAGGUCGGCUGCUGUCACACGCCAUGAGAGACCAUAUCGUUAGGGUAGCGAACGAAGCCGAAUUCAUAUUGAACAGGAUGAGAGCUGAUGAUGUCCUCAAACAUGCAGAUUUUGAGUGUCUCUGCGCCACAACAAAUCAAGAGAGAGGUGAAGAAGAGCGAACUUGCGAGCGACUCAUAGCUGCGGCCCGACGCCGGGACCAAGCGUCCGCCGCGCGGUUGUUAGAUAAGCUACAACACGCCGCCGCAGCCAGAGCCGGUGUGAGCGAAGGCGAAUCAAUAGACGGAGGGUUUUGGAAACUGGACUCUUGGGAAGAUGAUGCGCGCAGAAGAAGAAGACUGGUGCCGGAUGCUCGCGGCAGAAGGCACGCUACCCGGUCACAUCACGCGCCGCUACCGCCGCCUAACGACGCUAUUUUACAGGCCACGGAAGAAUUACACGCAAGAAUCGCUCAGGCGUCAGGGGGAGCGCAGUUACCCGCGCCGCCCGCCGCUGAGUUAUUGGACGACGCUGAAUUACUCUUGGAUGAACGGGACGCCGAACAAGACCUUACCGGUCCAGUAAACAUCAGCACGCGCGCGAAGCUGGUGGCCCCAGGACUGACCGCCCCCGGGACGCUGUCUCUGACGUCUACGGAGCUGUACUUUGAGGUGGACGAGGAAGACCCCGAGUACAAGAAGAUAGACCCUGAGGUGCUGAAGUACUGCGAGCACCUGCACGGGAAAUGGUACUUCAGCGAGAUCCGCGCGAUCUUCUCGCGCCGCUACCUGCUGCAGAGCAUCGCGAUAGAAAUGUUCCUCGCAAGCAGAACGUCAAUAUUCUUCGCGUUCCCGGACCAGGCGACGGUGAAGAAAGUCAUCAAAGCAUUGCCACGAGUCGGAGUCGGCAUCAAGUAUGGCAUCCCACAAACCAGACGCGCGUCCAUGAUGUCCCCUCGCCAGCUGAUGCGGAACUCCAACAUGACGCAGAAGUGGCAGCGACGAGAGAUCUCCAACUUCGAGUACCUCAUGUUCCUGAACACUAUUGCGGGUCGCACAUACAACGAUUUGAACCAGUACCCGGUGUUCCCCUGGGUGCUCACCAACUACGAGAGCGAAGAGCUUGACCUCAGCCAGCCAUCCAACUACAGAGAUUUAUCUAAGCCGAUCGGCGCGCUGAACCCAAGCCGCCGCGCCUACUUCGAGGAGCGGUACAACACGUGGGAGCACGAGUCCACACCGCCCUUCCACUACGGCACGCACUACUCCACCGCCGCCUUCGUGCUCAACUGGCUGAUACGAAUCGAACCAAUGACGACAAUGUUCCUGGCCCUGCACGGCGGCAAGUUCGAUCAUCCCAACCGGCUGUUUUCUUCCAUCGCUCUCUCGUGGAAGAACUGCCAGAGAGACACCUCCGACGUCAAGGAACUGAUACCAGAAUUGUUCUUCCUACCGGAAAUGCUAGUAAACAGUUCAGGGUACAAACUGGGAAUUCCUGAGUCACCUUCGGGAGAUGUCAUUCUUCCGCCCUGGGCUUCCUCUGCGGAGGAGUUCGUGAGAAUCAACCGCAUGGCGUUAGAGUCGGAAUUUGUGAGCUGUCAGCUGCACCAGUGGAUCGAUUUGAUUUUUGGCUAUAAGCAGAGAGGUCCCGAAGCAGUACGUGCCACAAACGUAUUCUACUACCUAACAUACGAAGGCGGAGUACGGCUAGACCAGAUCACUGAUCCAAUAACCCGAGCAGCGAUUGAAGACCAAAUCCGAAGCUUUGGCCAAACUCCUGCGCAACUGCUAAGCGAGCCCCACCCUCCGCGGGCGUCGACUAUGCAUCUGGCACCUCUGAUGUUCGCGGCGGCGCCUGACGAUGUCUGCUUGAGGCUGAAGCUACCCUCAAAUGCGGCUGUCGUUCAUGUAUCAGCGAAUACUUAUCCGCAGUUGGCUAUGCCCGCUGCUGUUACUGUAAGCGCAGCGCGCGCGUUCGCGGCGCACCGCUGGGUGGGCGGCGGCUGCGCGCACUCCGCGCCCGCGCGCCACGCGGACCAUCCGCCGCCUCAUCACCCUCUUCUUAUGGACCCUGUGUGGGCGGCAGGCGGCGCGCAGGCGUUGUCGCGUCGUCAGCUGGGCGACAAUUUCUCGCAACGAGUACGCGCGCGAAGCAAUUGCUUCGUGACGACCGUCGACUCGCGCUUCCUCAUCGCCGCUGGUUUCUGGGACAACAGCUUCCGAGUAUUCUCUACUGAGACGGCGAAAAUAGUACAGAUAAUAUUCGGCCACUACGGCGUGGUGACGUGCGUGUCGCGUUCUGAAUGUAACAUCACAUCGGACUGCUACAUCGCGUCUGGCUCUGAAGACUGCACUGUGCUGCUAUGGCAUUGGUCUGCCCGUCACGGAGGCAUAGUGGGUGAAGGUGAAACGCCCGCGCCUCGCGUCACGCUGACGGGGCACGACGCACCACUAAACGGCGUGCUCGUUUCAGCUGAACUUGGCUUGGUCAUAUCCUCCUCAGUCAAUGGCCCAGUCCUAAUUCAUACGACAUUCGGUGAGCUCCUACGCUCGCUAGUCGCAGCGGAAGGAGUGACAAGUCCUCAACAGUUAGCGUUGUCCAGGGAAGGAGUGGUUGUGGUGGCGUACGCAAAAGGACAUCUAGCUGCGUUCACGUUGAACGGACGGAGAUUACGGCACGAGACUCAUAAUGAUAACUUCCAGUGUCUGGUGCUAUCGCGUUGUGGCGAAUACCUCGUGUGCGGCGGCGACGCGGGCGUGGUGGAGGUGUGGCGCGCCUUCACGCUGGCGCCGCUGUACGCCUUCCCGCCCGCCGGCGCUCCGGUCACCAGUCUUGCUCUUUCCCACGACCAGAGGUUCCUGCUAGCCGGUCUGGAGAACGGUUCCCUUGUGGUGUUCCACAUAGACUUCAACAGAUGGCACCACGAGUACCAGCAGCGCUACUGAGGCUGGGAAUACCUUAGCUUUAGCGUCUAACAUCACAAGACAACCUCUAACGACAAACGAAUAUCGCUUUUAUUUCAAUUAGGAUAGAGCUUAAAAUUGAUUGUCUUAUUUUAGUUAAUUUUAAGUGUCAGGAUUUACACAGGUUAAUAAUAAUCAUACUGUUCUUUUCCGCUGGCAAUAUUGUGAAAAUGACAGCAUGUGAAUGUUAGAUCUAAUCUAAUCAAUAGUCUCAGCAAUGAACAACAGGAGAAUAAUAUUAUGUCUACGACACUGAUAGCAGAUAUAGGUGUAGUUAGUUCCGCAAGCACUAACCACAGCUGUAUCUCAUCUCUCUGCGUUGUAUUCCUCAUUACUAUGGAAACCCCUUUAAAGGGGUCUUGACUCAUUAUUGAGGGUCAUAAGCCCUUUCCUGUAAGGGGUUUUCCUUUGCUGAUAAUACGAUAGGUUCCCAAAAUUUUCCGAAUACAAUGUAUUGCAAAUAAGAUAGCUUUAUCUCGCAAGUUUUACGUACCUACUACCUAAUUCCCAUUCACAUUAAUAUGGCUAAAAUGGAACAACCAAUGUUCUACCUUACCUUCUGGAAAUAAAACUGAAAUUCGUUCGUGCUGUUUUGACGUUUGUAAACCGUGUUGUCUAUGGUUGUCUGCCAUUUUCAUAAGAGGCGCAAAAACUUUUAAAUGUCAAAAUUCCCGCCAUUAUAAGUAGAACUGUAACCAACCGGUAAGAAAUUAACGCUUUCUACAUUUGGAACAAAAAUAUUCUGUCACAAUGCGAAGUUCUCUGACUCGUUUAAUUGUGAUUUAUUAAAAUGAGAUUUUGGUAUUUAAAAGUUUUCGUGGAGUAUAUUUUAGGUUCUAUAUUGAUUGCUAAAGCGUUAUUAAGCAGUAGUAAGAGUUAGUUUGCGUAAAUGAGCAGAUUUUCUAACAUUAUAUUUGUACUGUUCUUCACUAUUGAAAUUGGUAAAGAAAUCUUUUUUUUUCAUAAAUAAAAUGUUUUUGAAAGAAUACUUCUUUGAGCGCGAAAUGAAAGGAUCUUCUUGCGAACAGAAAUAACGCUACCAUCAGUUUAAAUGGCCGCCAAACAAGAUAGCUGCUAUGAGACCGCCAUUUUUUAUCAAGGUGUUUUAAAGUACCAGUAGUUAGCGCCAAAACGAAACUAAAAUACUUAUUUGAACCAUUCAAUAGUGAAGAACUUCACAAAAAUAAUUAUACAUAAUUUAAUUAUAAAUAAUAAUAUAUUAUUAUAGUGUUAGAUAAAUGUUGGAAAUGUUUAGCAUUCAUUUCUUUUACAUUUAAAUCAAUCGAUAUAAAAAGCAGCUGCAGUUGGUAUGUAGAUAAAAUAUAAUAUUGUAUAAGUUAAAUUUUACAUUUUGACAUUCCAGUUUUAUUUAUAAAAUGAUUUUUAUUUGUAUAAUAUUGCUUGACCAAUUUUUUUUUAGUAUUAAACAUAUUUUUAGUGCCAUAGUUACUUUUCCUUUAUUGCGAUCUCUUCAAGACGUCCAUUAUUUUAUUCAACUGAAGACUUUUUGAGAUACUUAAUUGAAAUUAUUUAUGUGCAAUAUUUUACUGUAUUAUUAUUUAUUCAAAUAUUUUGAAUUUGUUUAUGGUAUUACUAAAGCAUUAUUAUUUAAGCAAUUAAAGUAUUAGUUCAAGUAAUUGAAUUUGAAAAUGUUUUCAAGAACCAUUCCUAUUUUGUUUUCUUAUUCAUUGGUGAUGGGUAGGCUUAGUACUUAAUGAAAUUGACUUAUAUUGUUGUACUUAAUGUUUAUCCUUUUUUUUUGGUUUUUAUUAAAUGGUCAUAUUGACUUA